AUGGCUUCAAGUUCUUCAAAAAAAGACGUCAUUCGACGCAAAUUAGUUAUUGUUGGAGACGGUGCCUGUGGUAAAACUUCGCUAUUAUCCGUUUUUACAUUAGGAUACUUCCCAAAGGAAUACGAACCAACCGUAUUCGAAAAUCAUGUGACAGACCUUAAAAUUGACGGAAAACCUGUACAAUUGGCGUUAUGGGAUACUGCAGGACAAGAAGAAUAUGAGCGUCUUAGACCUCUUUCUUAUUCUAAAGCUCACGUUAUUUUGAUCGCCUUUGCGGUAGAUAUACCCGAUUCUUUUGAGAACGUGUCUGCAAAGUGGAUUGAUGAGGUCAAUUCUCUUUGUCCAGGUGUUCCGGUUAUCUUAGUAGGUUUAAAGAAAGACUUAAGAGAUGACGAAGCCAGAAUUGCAGAAAUGCAAAAGAAAGGCAUUUCCUUUGUCGAUCCUAAACAGGCUGAAGUAAUAGCAAAACAAAUAGGUGCUCGAAAAUAUUUAGAAUGUUCAGCAUUAACUGGAGAAAAUGUUGAUAAUGUUUUUGAAGCUGCAUCAAGGGCUGCACUUUUGUCACGUGAAAAUGUUUCCAAUGGCUGUUGUGUUUUACUGUAA